CACAUCCUUUGUUUCCUCAUCUGUAAAAUGGGGACAAUUGGACCUGCUUUGCUGACAGUAGAGACUAGACAGUGGAGGCCUGGACCAGUGUGGCAGUAAGGGAGAUGGAGAGAAAUGGGGAAAUUCAAGGAGAGGAGCCUCGUAGAGAUCUAGAAAAGGAGCAGUGCAGUAAGAGACAGCUGGAGAAAGGGGUGUCACAGAGGCAGAGAAGGAUGAGCAAGUUCUUCAACCGCGUUGAGUGCUUCUGAGAAGUUGAGUGUGAUCGUCCUUCACUGACAUCAAAGUGAUAUGAAGAUAAGGACAGAGACAUGUUCAGUGGAUCUGACUUCGUGCCGUUUUAACUGAGGGAAAGCCAUGUUUCUGCAGGCAUCCCAUCCUUGUCACACACUGUCAAGAACUGUGAAGAGUCUUGAGAUUUUAUCCUACUCGGAAGCUGACAAAUCAUUCUGUCACAGUUUGCUGGUCGCUGGCAGAAGACAUGGAACUCCUGGUUCUCCUUGUGCCAUGUGUGAGAGAGUCCCCAGGACACCUACCUAUGAAUGAAAUUGUUGGAUUGAAAGGAAUUUCUUCACAUGGCUUCUGAAGAUGUGACCAUUACGGUUCGCCUCAUUCGUUCAUUUGAGCAUCGCAAUUUCAGACCUGUAGUAUAUUAUGGAGUUCAUUUGGACCAAACUGUAAAGGAAUUUAUAGUAUUUCUAAAGCAAGCCCUGGGAUCGGCCAUUUCUCAGAGGAGCUCUGAUUCUAUUACUGGAGAAUGUUAUUGGGAGACCAAGAUCUUGGUUUAUGUGUGUGCAAUUUUGAUUACUAUAUGUAUUGACGUGUUUCUCCUUGGGUUUAUCCUGUAUGGGACUCUCUGCGCUUCCUGGACUUGGGUGGCUAUUUCUUUUCCCAUGUUAGAUAUUCCUUUGAGGACCAGCCUGCCACCACCAUUCAGAAAUUAUAAAUAUGAUAAACUAAAGAUUGUUCAUCAAGCACAUAAAUCAAAGACAAAUGAACUUGUGUUGAGUUUGGAAGAUGAUGACAGACUCCUGUUAAAAGAAGACAGCACCCUGAAAGCCGCUGGAAUCGCCAAUGAAACUGAAAUUGCAUUCUUCUGUGAAGAGGACUAUAAGAACUACAAAGCUAAUCCCCUUUCAUCCUGGUGAAAACUUCACAGGGCUUCCUUUUUGCAUACUUGUAUUAAGCUCUUUAUUCUACUAGUGAGUUUUUUAAAUUGACAAAUAAACUUAAAAAAAUUAA